CUUAUUUUCCUCUUUUUUAUUAACACAUCUCUCGAUGCUUUCUUUUUCUUCUUUCUUUGCAGGAUGUCUCCGCUCUCUUGCCGGCGCCCUGUCCAUGUGCUUGUAGGCCAAGCUUCGGCUAGGCUGAACCUGCCAAGGUCAAAUCGCAGACAGGAGAUGGUGGUACACCCAGCUAGGUUGACAGAAAUACAAGGAGACGGGGAGAGAGAUAUGGGUGGCGGAUUUUGGGCUUCUUUUUUCCCAAGCUCAGGGGGUGUGUUUGUCUAUAUGCGGUUGGGGUGUGUGUGGUGUAAAGAAAAACCUAAGGGGAUGGGGAUUUAACGGAGGGACGGUCAUAGAUGGGCGUACCAGGAAAGCAAUUCGGGAGGAAUGACGAACGAUGAAAUGCGCGGCGCGGAUGGCCCACCAGACAACGCUCAAAAAGUGAGGCCGGAUACUCGCAAACGAAGGGAUGAGAAACAAAAACGGACGGAAAAGAACUCGGAAUCAAAGAAAAAAAAAUGCCAUCCGAGUUGCGUGUGUGUGAGUGUGUGUGGGAUGCUGGUUGGGGUUGGUGGUGGGGUUGGUUGUACGUAUGUACGUGUGUAUGUCUCUUGUUUUCCCUGUUGUAGAAGUCAUGUAUACCUAUGGUAUUGUAGUAGAUCAGGCCUGGAUGCUCUCACGAGCUUUGCGUCGUUGCGCAAAAAAAUUGGGUGGUGGGGUUCAUAUCUUGUUUUCUUGUUCUUGUUUCUUCUAUUCGUUUCUUCGGGUUCUUCUUUUCUCCCUGUUUGUCAGUUAUUUUUGGUUUUUGUAUGACCUUUUUUUUUUGUUCUUCUUCUGCCCGAAGUAACUUCGGCAG